AUGGACAUUAAUAAUGUUGCAGAACUUUCCGUGGAUUUUAAGGAAUUUAUAGAGUUGAAAAAGAAGAAGAUUUUGUUAAACCCUAUUGGAACAUUACCUAGAUACAGCCAACAGAAUAUAGAUCUUGGACUACCUAUUGCUAUUAUGGAUUAUCAAUAUGAUCUAAUUAAAAAUUACAGGCAAGAAAAAAGUACUAAUAUUAAUCAAUAUCAGAACUGUGACCUGAAACAAAACCAAGUACAAAAGACCAAUUUUUUACCUAAUAAAUGCAUAUACCCUGAAAACUUCUCUAAUAAGGAUAACAUAUACAAACAAGUUUAUUAUGAUUUAGUGGUUAAAUAUGGCUACUAUGUUCAACAAGGAAGCAAAUAUGGUUGUGAUUUUGUUUUGUACGAGAAUGAUCCUGAUACAUGCCACAGCUCAUUCCUAUUAAAUAUCAUUGAUCCUCAUAAAAAACAAAUUUUAACUGUUAGAGAUUUAGUUUUAUGGCAAAGGGUAUCCAAUAAAGUCAACAAGAAGGCGGUAAUUGCAAUCUUAAUUGAAAAAGAUCCUGAAUUCAAUUUUACAACUCAAAACAAAGAACAAAAAUCAAAUAGGGAAAUAGAAAUCAAAUAUUUUUGCUUAGACAGCUACAUUAAUGAUUUGAAAAUUAUUAAAUAA